CUGGAGAGAUGGCUUAGUCAGUAAGAAUGCGUGCUGCACAAUCAUGCAUUUGUGUGUUUGGAUCUGCAGAAAUAGUGUCAAAAUUUCUAGCAUGGCCAGUCCUAUCGUUAAGCCCAGCACCGGAGGGUGGGGACACAGACAAGAGGAUUAGGAAGCUUGCUGCAUUCCAGCAUAGCUCCAUGUUCAGUGAGAAGCCUGUCUCAAUGGACUAAGGCAGAAAGGACACCCAGUGUCCUCUUGCUCUGCAUGCUUGCACACCCACGUGCAAGCGUGCACAUAUACGAUACAUACACAUAUUCAUACACAAGUGUUAUAAUGUGUCGAUAACCUUUGAAUUCUAAUAGGUAAUGUAUAAUAGCUAAGCAAAAAUAACUUUAAAAAUCUGUAGACACCAAUGUAACAAUAUGUAACUGGCCAUCUUGCCUGAGACCACAGGAUUAGAUGCCUUGACCUAGAGGGGCUACAGAACAGGUGACCUGUCUUUGCCUUGCCUGGAGGUGAGGGGCUAUACCCCUUCUCAACAGGCAGGAGCAAGCAGUAGUAUGCCUGCCCUUCCUGUCCACCCAGAUGCCCUAUGGACAGGUGGUCCACUGCAUAUGAAGACGGUUUACACUCGGGGGCCUCCUGCCACUCACGACAGUGUCCUGGGAAAGAAUUCUGGGGCGAGGGAAGUGAGCAGAGGACAGCACUCGGGAGUCUUCCCAGAGAGGAGACGCAGGGCAGACAGAAGGUGGUUUGCCCUGACUGUCCCUGUCGGAAGGAAAGAUGGAGGUGACUGAGGAGCACAACCAGGGGGGUGGAGAGGUAGAAGACUACAAGGGAGCCAGGGAGGGGUCCUGGAUGGGGAGGAGGCACAGGGCAGAAGGAGCAGGAGGGCCCUGCGUCCAGGGUGGCAGGGCUUGUGAGUGGGAUGGUCUCCACUCUGAGCUGUCUGCUUCUCCAAGCUUUGCGUGGUGCUCUGGGUCGUCACCUGCCCCCUCCCUCCAAUCCUGGUUUUGUAGAAGGCUAUGGUCAGUUUCAGAAGACUACACAGGAUCCCAGAUCCGCUUCAGUUCCAGGAUGACAGGACAGUUUUGUUUCUGUGGCUGUAAAUCUAGUGUGGCACACUGGGCAUUGGUUGGAGGUUCCACCAAUCACAUCAAAGGUGGGAGGAGCUGCCCGGCCUUCAUUUCAGCAUAUGCUUGAAUGGGGAAUAGAGUGAAAGAGCCUCCAAAACCUAGAAAAGAGCCACUUCUUGGGGCCCUGUGUCCAGGGCUGUCUCCUGAGGACAAGUCCCCUCUGUGAAGUUUCAGCAGACCUGGGAAGGCCUGGUCCACCAAGGGCGCUGCUUGGGCUCACCCUGGAGACCUGGUCUGUCUUUGCUCUGUUUCCCAAGUCUUCUCAGUGUCCUGCCCUGCAGAAAAGACAGCCCAGGGAACAGGCUGAGAUGGCUCUGUACCUCCUUCAGCAGGGAACAGGCUGCACCUCCUUCGGGAAGCUCAGUCAGGAACCACCUACACCAAGUUUGUACAACUCCUGGGUCAGCGGCCUGUGACCAGGGAGAGCACGCACCUACCUCUCACAGCCUCGAGCAGGAUCCUACCCAGGUUCCUGCUCCGUAGCACCUUGCAGCUAUGGGACCCCACUUCCUUAGGGACCCACACCCCCAGAGCUCCAUUCCCAUGAGACCUCACUCCCAUGGGUCUCUACUAUAGGUUCCUCCUCUCAGAGAAGGAGCCUCCGUAAGGCCCUGUCCCCACUGUGCUUGCUCUCAUCAGAGCCCCGCUCCCACGUGGUCUUUCUCCCAGCUCCUCCCCUCUGCAUGGAAGGUUCCUUUGGAAUUCCCCCAGCAUGUCCUACCUGGCCCCGGUGUUCUGAGGCCUUUCCCUCUCCCUUUGACCAGCUCUUGUUCUAACGGUGCACCGUGUUUAUGCUACACUGCUUUCAGCACAUGAGGGGGCUAUGGAGCUGCCUGGGGGCUCUCGGGCCAGACCAUAGGCAGGCCUUGUCCCUCUGGAGCCUGGUCGCUGCUGGGAUGGGCCCUUGGUGGGCUCUGUGGCUGACCCUCACCCUUCCCCAAAUCCUGGAGGGUCAAAUUCCAAGCAAGCUUCAAGGCUUUCCCGAGCUGACAAGCUUCCACAAUGACCAGUUUCAGGGGGAAUGGUUUGUCCUCGGCUUGGCGGGCAACACCUACAGGAGAGAGCACCAGGCCCUGCUCAGUCCCUACAUCACAUUGUUCGAGCUGAAAAACAACAGCCGUUUUCAGGUGACCAACACCAUGACUCGGGGCAAGCGCUGUGACACUUGGUCCUAUGCUCUGAUCCCAACAACCAAGCCUGGGCAGUUCACCAUGGAAAACAAAGGGACUGGAGCAGACAGAGAAGACAUACAGGUCAUCGAGACAGACUACACCAAAUUCGCCCUGGUGCUGUCCCUCAGACAAACAAGCAUCCUGACCAUCAUCAGGGUCAGCCUUCUGGGUAGAAACUGGAGGCUCCCUCGUACGAUGAUAGACAAGUUUGUCUGCCUGACCAGAACCCAGAACCUCACGAAGAAUAACUUCAUCUUCCCCGAUGUGACCGGCUGCCCCCUCCUGGCCCUGGUUCUGUCCUGGGAGGAUAGUUCUCUGCUCACAGGAGACUGGAAUUCAUCCAGGGAAGUCCUUGAAUUUGGUCAGCCUCUUUCUGGCAGGAAAGUCUCGGAGAGGCCAAGGCCAAGGGGCUUCAGGGCUCAGCCCUGUCUUCAGCCUCACUCCUCUCAUGGAUGGAUCAGGAUCCCCCCAACUCCCGCCCUGUCCAAGGACCUUCCCCAUCAUGCCUCUCCAUGCAUACCUGCCCAGUCACACUUGCACACCAAGCACGUGCCCGCAAACAUGCAGACAGGCACAGACUCACACACACAUACCCUUGUCAUUUUGAGAUAGGGUCUUGAGGUGUAGCCCAGGCUGGUCUGGCAAUCACGAUUCUCUUGCUUUAGUAUCCUGGGUGCUGGUAUUUCAGGCCUGUGGCACCAUACUUGGGUCACAUUCCAUACGGCAUGCAUAUGGGAUCACAUACGUGUUUGCAUUAACCUUAACACUCACUGUACCGUACCAGCAGAUCUGCCACAAGUCUAGGACCCUGCGGGGGCAGGCAGGGCCACACAGGGGCUUCUGGGGGGAUCCCAGACUGAUGACAGAGGUGUACUCUCAGGAGCAUGCCUCCCAGCCCUUUCCCUGGAACCUCUCCUGGUCUCAUAUCCCGGCCCAACUCCGAUCUGCCUGCCUUCUGUCCCUCCCAAGUCUCUCCCCUGCUCCUCUUCCUUAUCCACCAUCCCAACACUGUCUGUCCCCACCCUGUCAGGCUGGACACCUAAUCCAAAGGUCUGCUGAAGAAGGCAAGGGUUCCUGCCGUAGAGCCUCUCUCCCUGCUUCUGCUCUCAACACAAAUAAACACGCUGCCUAUGA